AUCACCGCACUGCUGCUCGUCUUUCUCCUCCAUCGUCCACCCCCACGUGGCACAGCAGCUAGUCCCCGAGCCAUGCUCAGAGAAGCCAAGGUCGGACUCGACACCCCGUCUUCCGCCCCCCGCGCCUUUUCCGGUGUGUCCCGCCGCAUAUGGCUCCUGGUCGCCGUCGUCCUAGGCAUAUUCACCUUCUCCCGUCUCCUCUUCCCCGCGCACGACCCCCUCUCGUCCCUCGGCGUAGGCCUCCUUACCUCAAAAGACUAUCUCAACGCGUCCGCCACAGACCCCGCCCCAUUCGAGUUCUGUCCCGUGUUUGGGCCCGGCGACGAGGUUGCCGCCAGGCGGGGGCAGUGGGGGCUGCUGAGAAGCAGACUGCACAUGGGCAGCGGCGCCCGCGUGCAGAGAGUGGUCCAGAAGGCCAUGGCCGGAUUGCCCGUCACGAUCAGUGUCCUGGGCGGCUCAGUGUCCGCAUGCCACGGUGCUGGCAACGACCCGGUAUCGCCCGGAUGCUACCCAGCGCAGUUCUUUGACUGGUGGAACUCGGUUUUCCCGCACCCGUCCUCGGAACUUACAAACGGAGCCUCGCGACGUACCGACUCUGCCUACUUUGCGUACUGCUCCACCCACCACCUGCCUGAUCAAACCGAUCUCGUCAUUCUCGAGUUUGAUGCGUCUGACCCCAACGACCCCGAGUGGCUCGCUCAUUUCGAGCUGCUCGUCAGAAGCAUCCUUGUGAGACCUGAUCAGCCCGCUGUUAUCGUUUUGGGACACUUUUCGCCUCAAAUCCAGGCCCAAAAUGGUUUUGCCGGUCCCGAGUUAUUACAUACCGUGGUGGCUCAGUUCUACGACGUCCCCCAUAUCAGCGCCAAGGGAGUCUUAUAUGGCGACUACCUCGCUGAACCCGAAGCAGCUCGAAACACCUUCUUCACCGACCCUAUCCUCGCCAACCCUACCGGCCACGGAGUCAUUGCCGAUGUCCUCAUUUCUUACAUGCAGUCUCAAAUAUGUGCCGGAUGGGCCGCCACUAUGGGCCACGCAUUCGAUGUUCCUUAUAUGGGUGCACCCGCGCUCGAAGAUAAUCUCGCCGGUGCGGGCAUUCAGAGUGAGGAAGACCUAGAGUCCGAGGGAGGUGGCUUGGCCGCCAAGUUGCGAGCAAUCAAGGUGCCGCAGGCGAUGCUCUCCGACCGUCCCAGUGAUAUCCUCAAGUUCCGAGAAGUUGCGCCUUUUUGUGUCUCUGCGAACGAUUUGGUGAACCCUUUGCCCCCAAGCCACUUUUACGGCUCCGGAUGGCAUGCAUACCACCCAAGUAAAGGAGCCUCAGACGACGAGAAGCAUUACUGGUAUUCUGAUAUUGGUGGUAGUAAGAUGAGAGUGCCUGUGACGUUGAGCGCGGGCGAUGUGGCUAUUUACUAUUUACAGAGCCCGGCCGAGAAUCCCUUGGGUCGAGCGGCUUGCUGGGUGGAUGACAACUUUGCGAGCGCAGUAGAAUUGAGCGGAGUAUCUGAUGUGCAGGAAGCCACGCCCACAUUGACUUUGAUCGACGAGAAUGUCUCGACUGGAUCGCACUACGUGGAAUGUGUUCUGCUUGGUAAAGAAGGCGAAAAGACGGCACCUUUCAAGAUGCUUGGAGUCUUUGGGACCUAGAAAAACCCCUGCUUCCUUUCCCUCAGUUGACAUUGAUCGAGGAAGAGUUUUACGUCGUUCAUUCCGCAUGGUUUUUAUAGAGUUUCUCGUUUUGGUGAUGCAACAACAAUUCA